GGAGUGAGGGACAAAUAUAGCAGAUGGAUGUUUGGGAUUGCUAGUGGACAUUGUUAAAUAAAGUACACCGGGUAAAAUGGGUCAGCAAUCAAGCAAGACAAAUGUUAAUUCGCACAGGAGUCUUGCUAAUGAUGAAGAAAAAGCACUUCUGUCUUAUUUUAAGACUAUUUGUAAAGGAAAGAAACAUGCAAAUAGAGAAGACUUUAAGUCAGCAUGGAGUGAAGGUGUAGAUGCACAUCUCUCGCAAACACUUCUGAAUUAUUUGUUUGAAGAUAAUUCAGAUGUAAAUUUUGAAAAGUUUUUAGAGCCUCUUCUGUAUGUAACAAGAGGGAGUGAAGAUGAGAAAAUAACUGCUGUUUAUAAAAUGCUUUCAGCAGGAAGCAAAGAAAUUAAACUGUCAGCAAUACAUGAGUAUGUGGAACACAUUUUUACAUCAUAUAUGGAAACAUACAGAAGCAAGAAAACAAGAAACUUCGAAUCUUGGAAAGUGGGCCAGAACAUAAUUAUACAGUCAGAUCAGCUCCAGGCACUAGUGAAACAUCUGUGUAAAGAUUUGCCUGUGUGCAGUGAGGUCUCUCUUUCAGAUUUGACUACUUGGGUGACAUCAUGGAAUUUGUUGUUCACUAUUCUGCAGAAAGUAGUUUUUAAUAAGAUAUACAAUAUUCUAGACGAAGAUACAAUGGAAAGGUACAACACAAUUCCAUUUUGGAACAGGAUCAUAAGUGAUAAGUCCCCAUCAGUACUGUCGUGGCCAAGCAUUGUCUUCUUGAAUGCUGGACUUCCUUCCAAGCUUCAGAGUGAGUGGAGGCUACUGUUCUCGACUGUUGCGCAUGGUGAAAGUUUCUCAAAACUUAUUGGCUGCAUAAUGAACAAGGGACCUACAAUUGUCAUUGUCAGAGAUAGAGAUGGGCAUGUUUUCGGAGGUUUUGCACCCAGCAGUUGGACCCUAAGCCCAAAUUAUGUUGGUGACGAUAGCAGUUUCUUGUUCAGUAUAUUGCCAGUGAUGGAGAGGUUUGAGCCUACGGGCUACAAUGAUCAUUAUCAGUACCUUAAUGUCCAGCAACAGACUUUGCCAAAUGGUCUAUUUUCCAGUGAGCGGAAGACUACCAGAUUCUCUACAACUAAUUUAGAAGGAACAGAGGUAAGUGAGCUGGGUUGUCAUUAAUAUUUAGUUACAGUAGGAGUUAUAAUAUGUGUCUUUAUUUCAAUACAUAUAGUUUUUUACUUGUUUUUCAUUUUGUUGACAAGGAACUUGUCCUCCAUUUACAAGGUACUUAUGAACUUGUUUUGCACAUGUUUAGAAUCAAGUGGAAUAUUUCCAGCAGUUGACCUUUGUAGUGGCAGUGUAUUGGAAGGCUCUGAUGUUAUUCCAUCAAGGAAUAUGCCAUUUUGCGCGUCCUCACAAUCGAGAGAAUUACUUGGAUCAUAGGUUUCACUCAUGGUGGACAUUACAUAACUAUGAAAGCAACUGUUGCUUUAACAACCUUAUCAAUAAGGUUGAUUUCCAAAUUUAUAA